AUGACAGAUGUUGCUGAACAUGAGAUUACAGACGUAAAUGAUGAGAAAAAUGGACAAGGAACGGCAGUUGAUGGAGAACGCACUGAACCUAGCUCAGAAUCCAACAAAUCGGAAGAUGACCAUUCUGGAUAUUGUACCAGAGAACAGCCAGACAAAGAUCUCAAUGAAGCUGCUACAGGUGAUGAGAAACCUAAUAAGAGGAAGCUGAGACUAGCAGUUGCUGGUUGUGCUCAUGGUGAAAUGGAUAAGAUCUACGAAGUUCUGGCUGAGAUUGAAAAGGAAAAAGGCUACAAAUUUGAUCUGCUCAUCUGUUGUGGCGAUUACCAGUCAGUGAGGAACUAUGGAGAUCUUCAUCACAUGCAUGUAAACGAGAAAUAUCGAUCAAUACAAACAUUCUACAAGUAUUAUUCAGGUGAAAAGACUGCACCAGUUCUCACGAUAUUUGUUGGAGGCAAUCAUGAGGCUUCUGGUUAUCUUGCAGAGUUACCUAAUGGAGGCUGGGUUGCACCGAAUAUAUAC